GAAGAAGUAGAAAUAGAUAAUGAAGGUCUUUGCUGCUCAUUCAGAACAAUCUCUCUAUCUGUACUGCUCCCUCUAAAAUUUUUUACCAAAUUUCAGUUACCCAAUUGAUCAUCAAGAACAGGUAACUAAAUGAACCAAUAAAAACCCUAAAUUAAGAAACCAAAUAACAUGUCAGCCAUUUCUACCUCUUUAGUUACCACGACUCAUUCACUGUCUUCUACACAGUCUUCAACUCCUUCAAGAUUCAAUCUUUUCCCCAUUUCACACCCUUCCCAUUUUUCUAAAUCUCUUUUAUGUUCCCACAAUUUAUGCUGUUACUUCCCAAGAAAAACCCCAACAGUAGUUUCCUCUAAAUCAUCAGAGGCAGAAGAGGAAUUGUCUUCUACUGAAGAUGAGUGGCUCAAGAAGCUUCCUGACAAGAAAAAGCCUUUGUAUUCUCAUAGCCUGCCUUGCAUUGAGGCUUGGCUCAAAGAUUUAGGCUUUCAUCAAAGCAAAGAUGAUCGUGCUAUAUGGCUUAUUGAAAAGCUCGAGUGGCAUGCUCAGUUAUCUCUUGAUAUAACUGAUUUAUAUAUAAGGUAUUUAAAGAGUGGACCAGGGAGUCUUGAAAAAGAUGUGGAGAGGAGAUUCAGUUACGCAUUAAGUAGGGAGGACAUUGAAAACGCUAUUCUUGGAGGACCUUAGAGAUGAGCACCACACGGUUAUUCUUGCCACUGUAUGCUGGCUACUCAUUUUAAUGACUUUUUCAUCCAGGAAUUGCAGUUAUUAUCUUAUCAUCAAGUAUAUGAUAAUUAAAUCCUCUGUCGAGCAAUUCUUAUAUUCUUUUUUGUGCUUUACAAAAUCAAUUCUGCACCCCCUUUUUUGUA